GUGAGUUUGUUGAAGACUAACAUCAUAUUCACAAUCGUGCUUAGAGUUCUUCUCACCAAAUAUUUUGACUCUUAUGAAAUCUACAUUUUUAGACCUCACUCAUCUCAACAUUAUUUAAGAACCCACUCUUUACACAAUACCAAAACACAACCACUGUAUUGCAAUCAACAACAUUACUUUUCUCUUCUUUCUAAAAAGAAGAUCAUAUCACAAAAGAUGAUUAAUCCUCGCCUUCUUCUUCUCUUCUCUUCGAUCUUUUUCCUUAUCUUUAUUUCGUCGUCCUUAUUGUUUGCUACGCCUAGUUUUGCUGCUAGAGUAGGUCACUCUCUGGUGCAAGAAGAGGUCACAAAGACUCCACAAUAUAAAAAGAUCGAGGAGCCGGAGAUUCCAGAAGAGCCGGAGUUGCCAUUGCCCGAGGAGCCGGAGAUACCAGAAGAGCCUGAGGUUCCUGAGAUUCCUGAGGAGCCUGAGGAGCCAGAGGAGCCACCAAAGGAGCAAGAAGAGUCAAGCUUUGGAUUUCCGUCGUGGAUUCCGAGCUUUCCUUUUCCCGGUGUUAACGGCGGUUUUCCAAAGACUGAAACGAAAAAACCUACGGCAACGGUUGUAGAGGUUCCUGCGAAAAGUACAAUUGUUUCUGAGGAAAUUUCGAGUGGUUCGAAUAAGAAGCCAUAG